UACCUGCCUGCCUUGGAAAAAAAGCUAGAAAUCUGCUAAUCCAUUAUAAAUAUUUCUUCCCCUUCGGCCCUUUCCAAAGUCAGCCAGUCAUAUCAAUUUAGCAAUAUGGAAUUACUGCCCAGAGAAUAUGGUUACGUGGCUAUUGUUUUGGUCCUUCAUUGCUUUCUCAAUUUCUGGAUGGCUGCUCAAGUCGGUGCUGCCCGUAAAAAAUACAAAGUGUUCUACCCAACAAUGUAUGCCACAGAAGCUGAGAAUAAGGAUGCCAAACUCUUUAACUGUGUUCAGAGAGGGCACCAACAUUCAUUGGAAACGAUGCCAAUGUUCUUCAUGUUGAUGAUAUUGGGGGGAAUUAGGCAUCCUCUGAUUUGCGCAUCACUUGGAGUUGUUUAUAGCAUUGCUCGCUUUUUCUAUUUCAAAGGUUAUUCCACCGGUGAUCCCUGGAAGAGGUUUACCAUUGGGCGGUACGGUUUCGUAGCAUUUUUGGGGCUUCUGAUUUGCACAAUCUCAUUUGGAGUCAAUAUGAUAAUUGCAUAAACAAGGAUGAGCACGGAAGGGAGAUGUUUUCUUGAGAUUUUGCUGUUUGUAGAAUUUUAAUUUAUAUUUCGACAUUUGCCAUCCUCCUUGUGUUUGUUUAAAAAACUAGUUGGGUCUGUACUUAUCUUAUUAUAGCACCAAGGAAAGUUAUGUAUUGCCAAAAUCUCUUAAAUAAAUUGUUCAUUUAGAGAA